AGAGUAGUAUCUGCUAAACCUACGAAUUCCAAUGCGCCGUCAUACGCUAGUGGUUCACCUCCGCGGCUGUACCACUUAUUUUGGAACGUCGUUGUAGAAGUCGCGUUGAAAAUGCGCCUUUUCAGCAGAAGAUACAUUAUACCUGCAAUACACUUUACGUGAAGUGUCACAGAAACUUGGGGACCAACGCAAUCUCGAAGAAGACACUCAUGGGGACGCGAACCAAAUCCCCGACCAAACCCCCAAGAAGAUUCCACAACCACGCGCGUCAUGGCUCACCUCAAAGACUCUCUCAUUUCUCAACUCAAGAAACUCGACCCUUCGCUUUCCCUCCACUCGCGCCACUCCGCCCUCAUCGAACGCCGCCUCCGCGACCUUUUUCCCGUGUUCCACACCCCCACGCACCCUCCAUAUGCCUUGAUGAUACGUAGUGCGAUAUUAGGGUUGGAGGAUGGGUCGGGAUCGACGGAGGAAGCGAUAUCGGAGUACAUUAAGAGGGAGUACAGUGAUUUACCGUGGGCUCAUGCCAGGAUUCUAGGUCUGCAAUUAGAGAAUCUUUGUGAGAUAGGGGAGAUUGCGCGCGUUUCCGGUUGGAGGUAUGUGCUGAAGGUUGAGGAUGAAGUGAAGGAAAAAUGUGUGAGGGUAGCGAGAAGAAGAAUAAGAGGGGCAAACGGAGAAGUAAUAAACGUGGCGAGACAGGGAGUGCUGAAGAAGAAUGCAAAAAGGGACGGGUACUAGGGGCUUGGAAAACAAAUUCAACAACACCAGGAAGUAGAACCGCAAAGGGCUUUUAGUAGAGUCACCAAAAUCAGG